UGGGGGGCACGUCGCAAGUGGAUCUGGGGGUCCUUUCACGAUGUUCAUACACUAUAUAACCGGAGUGUGCGGGGCCUUACGUCAGUUUUCGUUCAAUUCUUGUUCAGAAUCCAAAUUUUUUCGACAGACACGAAGCCAUGCAAUUCUAUAUUGUCUGUGCCGCCGCAGUUUUCGUGGUAGUAAGCGCCCGACCAGGCGGCAGCUACGGACACUAUGAAUUAGGCGGCUACGGGGGCGGCCAAGAGCUCGCCGGCUACGCCAUCGAGGAACAUGGCGGUGACGACGAACACUUGGGCGGCCUGGAGGGUAACGAGAUUGGACACGGAGACGGUGGACACGGACACGAAGAAUACAUCGAUUACCAUGCCCCUGCAAAAUACCACUACGACUACGCCGUCCACGACCUCCACACCCACGACAUCAAGACCCAGUGGGAGACCCGCGACGGCGACAAAGUCAAGGGUGAGUACACCAUCGUAGAACCCGACGGUUCCAAGAGGAUUGUCCAAUACACCGCCGACAAGCACACCGGCUUCAACGCGAUCGUCAAAAAGGUCGAGAACGGAUACGCCAAAUAAGUCAGCCAAAAUUUUCACGUAAUCCACAACCCUUAGUUUAUAUUUAUUUUCAGUGAUUACUGUCAGUAUUUUUUUUGUUUGUUUGUUGUGUUUUUUUUUUUUAUUUUAUCCACGCGUCCUUUCAUCCGAUUCAUCGAUCAUUUUCACACAUAAUCAUGCCAUCGCAAUCUUCUGUGUUCACGAAGGAUACUACGGAUGUGUUCAUGGUGAUUGAUCAUUCUACUGAUACGUAAAUGUUUAUUAGUUUAGUAUUUAUCUAAGUUGUACAAGAUGAGAUGAUACUCAGUAACAAUAUGUUGUAAAUAGGCUUAUGUACCAUUAUUGCUUUUCAUAAAUAAAUGUUAUUU